CACAGGACAUGUCAUACACGAUACAGUAUAUUAGUUUCUGGUUGAGCGACAUCUGGUCUCAACCGUCUUAGAGCCUCAAUGCUGAAACCACAGGUUCGUCGACACUUGCUGGCACCCAGGCGAAGAUUUGAUCUGAGAUCAGUGCCAUAUUACUUCACGCCACGUCGCCAUCUUGAACCAAGCGCUAAGAAGAAGUCUCCAUAUUUCGAGUCCACUGCGUCCCAAUUACUGCGAUUUGCCCUCACGGGCACAACGAGACGCCCGGAGUAUGAUGUGUCGGAAUCAAGUCUGGAUCUGCAUCUUUUGCAAAGCCUGCAGAACAAGUGGCCGGCAAGCUCUCUGCCUGCGCCGUUCUUGGCCACUCUUUUACGAGAUCCAGAUAGACACGUUCCUAUGCCUUCGCGCCUCGAUACCAGACAAAUAAGAGGUCUUUCUGAUUUGCAGGUGUUCAUUGAUAAUAAUGUGGUAGACAGGAGAGGCUGCAGGGUCCUGCAGUCACAGCAAUGCGUUCCUCUCGCCAGAGCUUUGCAGCACUGUCAACGGCAAAAUCACUUCGGAGAGGUUCUCUCCGCUAUUAAUGGGAUUGUGACACGAGUAGAGAGAAUUGACGGCCGUUGCUCGCAACGCUUGUAUGUACUGGGCAUGUACUACUCAGCGCUUGCACUCUCAGCGUCGGGUCUUAGGCGCUAUUUGCAAGGCUAUUUAGCCGUUAACUCGGAACCCUUAAGCCCGACGGAGAGCGCACUUCUGGUCCACGCUAUCCUUGAUUCCUUGGAAUAUCUUGAGUUCUGUGAAGAUCAUCAGAGCCUGAGUGCAAUAACCGGAUUAGUAACAGGAGAGAAUCAACCGAACAACAAUCGCCUGCAUGAUAUACUAUACUGGGCGAAGCCCAAGCAUCUAGACGAAUGGAUUGGGUCUUACUUCACGUUGCUGGUCAGAUUGCGCUGCGAGACACUUCAAGAAUCCGUAUGGGCUCAUCUGAUAGAGAACCUCUCGCCUGAGUCACACGAGAGCCAUUUACGAGCCGCAUACAAGUGUGUAGAGAUCGCGAUUAAAAUGGGAGACAUGCAGCGAGCUAUGACAUUUUUGAGGCUGAUAUCGGAGCACGCAAAUCGCAGCUUACGCCACAUUUCGAAAGUCAAGACGCUUUGCUGGUUCCUCCCCGCCGAUGAAUUCCAAACUGUUCCACUCGGCGGGGAAGAACACAUUGAGAUCCUGCACCAAAUCCUCUCAGAUAUGGAGGCUCGGCUGGGCAUUCAGUGGCAACCUCAUCUGCUAAAACAUUCAAGUGCUUCCGACCCACUUGUGAUUAAUAACGACCAACCUAUAUUGACCAUGGAUGGGAGUAGUGUUGGUUAUGAUAGCAUUGAGCGGCUUCGUGCAACGAUUUAUAGUUUCGGAUGUUCGAAAUCAAGAGCAGAUCUUGGUCAGAUUGCGGAUUGUCUUAAUGAUCAUGAUGGGAGUCUGAUCUCUGUUUCCGUUGCCUGUGAUGCAGAUACAGACUCGGAGUAUGCUUGGUGCCCACAGCUUUCCCCAUUCGAAGUUUCAGACUCCAUUUCGCCAAUUGAUGUCGAUUUUUCUAGGCCUUGGGCACCAUCUACACUAGGCUUACUUCGCGUUAGUCUUAACAACGACGGUCAAUGUUCCGCCGGCAAUCGGUCCCUACAUUUGAUGCAACUGGGGUUUUUAGUUGCAAGGCGAAAGUCUUACCAGGAGCAAUCUCGACACAACGCCCAUGAUUGGGAGAAAACGGGACAUAUAUUUGCCUGGGAUCGUUUUCAUGGGCACUUUGUUGCAGUCUUCGUAGGAGAAGUCCAUGGCGCAACCAAGCAGUGCAUAGAAGCAAGACCAUCAGAUCUACGCUUCGGCCUGAAGCCCAUCAUAAGGUUUAGCUCCGUCGGUAGCCUACCGGCACACUGGUCUAGGAAUCGUGUGACUCCAAUCGGUGAUUGCGCGAUGAGGUAUUUUCUUCAUGUGGAUCCAAGCCCGGACUUGUUGCCAUGAUUUGGCUUGCCGUGGUCUUUCAUACCCAGAAGUCCUGCGAUUUCAGCGUGCAGUCACUAAUUCUUCGAGCAUCUAAGAGACAGGUUUUACUUGUCGGAGCCUGAUGUAGAAACUUGUAGGUGUGCCUUAUGCUUGGUGUAGUAUUAUUCGUUGAGGCUGUAACGUGCCCCCCUUGGUACAUACAAGCAUUCUUGAGUGGAGGAUGAAAUCUCCGAUGGAUUUUCAUACAUAGGGGAUGAGCAGCUAGGCAUUUACACACCCUAUUGCCAUGAGCACUCAUAGUACGGCAGCAAUGAGGACAAACCAGUGACAGAACCCGCUACACCGAAGAAAUUGCUCUUGCCUGAUACCUG